UAUUUAUGUUUUCUAUUGGUACUUUUUACAGCAUUGGCUUGUAUAAAUAUCCCUGUUUUAAUCCCAGUGAAUUAUACUUCCGGAUAUGAUCAUUAUAAACCAAGAGAUUUGUUGAAAUAUACCAAUGGUACAAUUCCUAAAGUCACUACUGGAUUGGAUAGGAUUUCAAUGUCAAAUAUUGCACCACUUUUCUCGAAAAGGUUAAGCAUUCAUUUAACUAUGACAGUUAUUUCAAUUUUUUUGUUCCAUGGACUUGUUAUUGCAGAGUUGUUGAAUUAUGUGAAAAUCAAAAAUAAUUACUUAGUAACAAAAGCUCAACAACCUCCAAAAAUUCCAAGUAGAAACCAUUCAAACACUAUUUUAAUUGAUAAUGUUCCUUUGAAUUUGUUAGAUAGGAAACUAUUGACCAAAGUUUUCAGCAAAGUUUCGGGAAAUAAAAUAAAGAACAUAUGGUUUGUUUACAAUUAUGAUGAAUUGAAAAGCAAGUAUUCAAAAAAUGUUCAUUUGAUUGACAAGAUUGAAGUUUUAGAGACAAAGCUCAUUUCAGUUGAUGAAAACUAUGUGGACGAUACAACAAGAUUUGGACACAAUAAGCGAAUGUUCAAUAUUAGAAGGUUGGGGGAUAUCAGAGUUAAAUUUGUUUGGUAUGUUUUUCCAAAGUUUUACAUGAGAAAUAUAAAGGAAACAUUAGAAGUUGUUAUCAGUGAACAUGUUGAAAACAAACGCAAAAUCGGACAGCUAAGAGCCUCAUUGAUUGCAAGAGAAAAAAGUCCGUUGAAUGACAAGAAAUACAACAAAGUAUUUAUUCAGUUUAAAGACAGUUUCCAACCUCAUUUGUUCAGUCAAAUCCAGAUAUCUGAUAAAGUGAACGCACUUGAUAAUACUCUUAUAUUCGUUGAUCCACAAGAUUUGAUAUGGGAAAAUCUUUCAGUGCAAAGUAAUGCUUUUGUUUUUGCUAGAGUUAUAUUGGCCAACACUUUUAGCGUGAUAGUGAUACUAGGAUGGGUGAUUCCAGUAGCCUUCAUUGGAUUGAUAUCACAACUUCCAUAUUUAACGGUAUUAAUUCCUUUUUUAUCUUGGUUGAACUAUUUACCAGACUAUGUUACAGAUGUCAUUUCAAAUUUUCUUUCUGUUGUUCUUUUGGUUUGUUUAUCAGAGACUGUACCUUUUAUUUUUAGAUGGUUGAGCUUUCUUAAAUGCAAAAAAACUGGUGCUCAAGUUGAGUUAGAUGUCCAAAACUGGAUGUUUGUCUUUCUGUUCAUUCAUAUUUUCAUGGUUGUUACGAUAUCUUCUGGUUUAACAGUGAUUUUGGAAAGUUUAGUGAACAACCCGGUGUCAAUCCCUAAUAUUUUGGCAACAAACUUACCCAAAUGUUCAAAUUUUUUCUUUUCAUACUUAUUAAUCAGAGGCUUGUCAUAUUUUGGGAACAACCUUUUGCAGAUAUUACAAUUAUUCAAAAGCAUCGUGACAAAUCCCUUCAGAGAUACAACACCAAGAAGAAAAUUUAUCAGACUAACAAGUAUUCCAAGUUAUAAAUGGGGGUCUAUUUACCCAACGUUUGCUGUUUUGGGAUCUAUUGGAUUGAUAUAUUGCAUCUUGUCACCAUUGAUUCUUGUUUUCUGUUGCUUAUCUUUUGUCAUGGUAUUGUUAUCAUUCAAGUACUCAUUGAAGUAUCAAUUUAAUUUGAGAAAUGUUUCUGAAAAUUACGGACAAUUUUACCCUAAAGCCAUUUUUCAUCUAUAUUCAGGUAUUUAUUUCAUGGAAAUUUGUUUACUCGGAAUCUUUAUUUUGUCAAGAGAUGAAUUGAACCAGCCAAAUUGUAUUGGUCAUUCCUUCAUCACUUUUGUUCUUUUGAUAUUCACUGCUGCUGGUCAAAUACAAAUUCAAAAAAUGUUUAAUAAACUUUUAUCCAAAAAUAUGCCAUUGACUUUAUAUGACCCAGAUAUGAACGAACCUGAAGAAUAUGAACUUCAAGAUCUCGAAGCUGGACCUGCAGCUAUUGCUAAACGGAGAGAAGAAGAUCACAACGAAGCUCCAAAUGAAAACUUAUUCAAUGAUACUUUUCACCAUGCUUGUUUUCAACAUACAAAUAAUUUGAUCUGGAUUCCAAGCGAUUGCUUCAGCGUAUCAGAAGCUGAGAUUAAUUCGUUAAAGUACUUUGGCAUAGAAGGGAGAAACAGGGAUGCAGAAAUAUCGAAAAAUGGUGAUCUUGUGAUCCAGAAUGGCCCACCAGAUGGUACUAGUGUUAGUGAGUAG